CCUUCCGCUGGCUUCAGAAGCCUGUACGCAGCUGAUCCAGGGGUGUGGCAAAAGGGAGAGCAGCCAAUGGCCACUUUGCUUGGCUGCGCGGGCUGGGAGGCUCAGACUCCGCCCACUUCGGCUUUAGCCUUAGGGAUGCCCGGGGAUGCUCGGAAGCGCGUGUUCCGUUCCCGGUGAAGCGGGAAUCUAGCGAUUAGUGUUUUACUGAUUCAUGGAUGCAAAAAAUGAAAAUGUUUUCAUCUUGAAGGAAGUUCCUAUUUAAUUUGCCUACAUUCUGAUCAACACUUUGAAGUGUAACUUGAAGAACUCAACAUGAGGUUUGAACAGUAGCCAUCCCUGAUAGUUCCUUUUAUCAUGAUUUUCAGUUUGAAAAUUUGCCAGACUAAAUUUGUCAAAAGGUAUUGGAUCCAAAGUAGAAUGAAUAAAAGAGAAAUGUCUAAUGACUGCCAGUGCCUUGGAAGAGGGAAUAUAGGAGUCAAAGUUGGAUGCUAGUUAUAUUUUCCAAUGAUAGUCAGUGUUUCUUCUAAUAUUCCUGUGAAUCUCAUCCUGAAGAGUUUUACCUACUUCAACAACUACUGCAAAAGAUGGAAGAAAGAAAUGGUGAUGCAAAAACUUUUUGGAGGGAGCUAGAAGAGGAUGGGAAAGUGGACUUGAUAUUUGAGCAUGUACAGAAUGUUCUGUUGUCACUCAAACAAAAGAUCAAAGAUGGGUCAGCAACAAAUCAAGAAUAUAUCCAAGCCAUGACCCUAGUGAAUGAAGCAGUUACAACAAGUAACACUUUUCUAUUGAUAAAGGAUGAAGAUAUAACUGACAGACAAAAUGAGCAAGAAGAUAAGACAGGUGUUUUACCUCCAACAUCACAUGAAGAAUCCAAUUCAGAAGACUCCUUGAUUUUAACUGUAGAGGAUAUAGCAGUUUUAACUUUGGAAAAUGAAGUUUCAGAUUAUGAAGACAAAAUAGUAUCUCUGCGUCUGUUUUAUCAGAAUCAUCACUGCUGUGAUACAUGUCUACCGAAAACACCUUUUACCUCCAAAGUGGAAAACCCACUGAUGAUCCCCAUCUUGAGUCAUUUCCAAAGACGACAUGCAAAGACAAACUCUAACUGUGCUGCAUUCCAUGUGAAUUAUAAAACUCCUUGUGGAAGGAGUUUGAGGAACUUUAAGGAAGUCCACCGUUACCUGCUUGAAACAGACUGUAGCUUUUUAUUUUUACAUCAUUUUUCUUUCAAUACCUAUGUGCAGUUGAACAGGAAUUUGCUGAAGAAAGAAGUUUUUGUUUCUGACUCUGAUAUUAGCCACGGAACCGAAUCUGUGCCUGUUACUUUCUGUAAUGAAAUCGACAACAGAAGACUGCCACACUUCAAGUACCGGAGACGGACGUGGCCACGUGCCUACUACCUCAACAAUUUCUCUGGCAUGUUUAGUAAUUCAUGUGACUGCUCAAAAGGCUGCAUGGAUAUAGAAAAAUGUGCAUGCCUCCAGCUGACUGCAAAGGGCUAUGGUGAGAGUUCUGCAUGGUCCGGUGUCAAACCCACUCCUGGCUACAGCUAUAAAAGACUGCAGCAGCCAGUACCCAACGGAAUUUUUGAAUGCAGCCUCUUGUGUAAAUGUGAUCCAAGAACAUGUCAGAACAGAGUGGUCCAGCAGGGUCUCCAGGUGCGCCUUGAGGUAUUCAAAACGGAGAAGAAAGGAUGGGGAGUCCGCUGCCUCGAUGACAUUGACAAAGGGACAUUUGUUUGCACUUACUCAGGGAGAUUACUAAGCAGAGCUGGCCUGGAGGAAAGUAGCUCUGUUGAAGGAAAAGAGGAAGAGGAAGAGGAGGACACUAUUACCAAUGACAGUGGAUCCCCAGCAUUUUCAAAGAAGAGAAGAAUGGAAGCUGCUUAUUCUGACCCUGAAAUUGAGUUUGUCCAGAUUGAAGUAGGAGCAAUUCCUGGAGACACAGAAACUGAGGAGUACCUGAUUGAGCUCAGCAGUGACACAAAUCCAUCCAUUGAGGUUGAGAAUUAUGAAUAUGAUCUAAGAAUUGAAAAUCAACCAGCCAUUAGAAGACCUAAAACUAAAACAGCCCUUCUUCAAAACUUUCGGAAAAAAAGGGGAAUUAUUACACUGGAGCCAGGUAUAAGCUCAGAAGAGGAGGAUGAAGCUCAGUUAACCGAAAUCCAAUCAAUCUCCUAUAUCAACAAAAAGAAAAGGGAAUUAAGCUGUCCUGUUGAGUAUUCCAAAGGCAAGCUGUGUACCAUGCUGGUUAACCAUCACUGUAAAGAAGAAAUUCUAAUAGAGAACCCAUGUGAUCGGGCAGCCUCCUUGUGCUAUGGCAGUGAAAUAAAAGAAUAUGAACUUCAGGAGCAAGUCCUCCAGGAAGAAGAAACAAGAGAAAGGCAGAACCAAGAAAUCCUUUGUGAUGAAGAGUCCCUCUCUGAAACACAAGCAGAUGUUUCAGAGUCUCUGCAGAAGUUUCAAGAAGAUAGUGUUUACUUAUUGGAUGCUACUAAAGAAGGAAAUGUGGGUCGCUUUCUGAAUCAUAGUUGUAAUCCGAAUCUCUUCGUACAGAAUGUUUUUGUAGAGACACAUGACAGAAAUUUUCCGUGGGUGGCAUUCUUCACAAAAAGGCAUGUGAAAGCAGGAACGGAACUGACUUGGGAUUAUGGUUAUGAAGCUGGAAGUAUACCUGAGAAAGAGAUUCCUUGUCAAUGUGGUUUUCACACUUGUAGAAAAAGAAUAUUAGUGCUGAACCUCACAUUUUUCCUGGCCCUUAUAACUUAUGACAGAUCUGGACAUGACCCUGAAAGCUUUAUUUAUGAGGAAAUUGAGGCCCCGAGAGAUGAAGAUGGGCACCAGCAACAGAACAGGCCUUUGAGCCAGACUCCCAGCUCCUCCCGGGCCAGCCUUUCCACUAUUGCCCUACCGGGGGAUGGCUUGCUUGAAAGGGGAAGGAAGUGGAAUGCAGGGAAUCCGGGCGAUGUGAACAUUAAAAUAGACAUGAAUUUAAGAAAUAGUGUUCCAGGUGGAGAGAACCCGAGUGCUGGAACCCAGGCCCGUCGGCUGGCUGCACCGGACUCUCGUAGGCCCGGGGAGAAAAGUCCAUCCAUCCCCUCAUCACCACCCGCGAGAGGCCAAAGACUGCCGGGGAGAGGAGGGGCUUGGGAUCCCCGGGACGCCCUGCGUGCACUUCCUCCCGCCCUCCCUGCGCGGGCCCGAUCCUCCCUCUCUCUCUCUCUCUCUCUGGCCCAGGUGGGCCCUACCUGCUUGUCAAUCAUCAUGAUGAUGGACGAGGCCCUCCGAGACCCCGCUGGAAUCUUCCAGGAAAGGAUGAUAAAAAUAACUUGUGAUCUGUGUCCUCAAGAUGAUGAACGUGGUAUAAUAUACGUCUCACAAGAUCUGGAAUUAGUAGCCCACCAAAAUUGUUUGUUAUAUUCAUCAGGACUUGUGGAAUCUGAGAGUGAUUAUCCUUACUUAAGUGAUGAGGAUAGACAUUUUAAUGUGGAGCUAGUGAAAGAAGAAAUCAUUCGAGGAAAAAAACUGAAAUGCUCAUUUUGCCAUAAGAAAGGAGCUACUGUGGGUUGUGACAUUAAAAAAUGUUCCAAGAAUUACCAUUUUUUCUGUGCCACAAAAGAUCAAGCAACAAUGCAACUUGAUGAAGAUGGUGGAACUUACAGAGUAUUCUGCUCAAAACAUGCCCUUCGAAAAAGCAACCGUGUUCUCCCACCAAAAGUUGAUCUGCUGAAGAAGAUGAAAAAUGCUGGGCUCAUUGAAAAUUUAUUUGAAGCUCUAUUAGAGGAUCUCCAUGGGAUUCAUUGCAAGAUUAAAGACAACGCCACCUCAGACAAAGAGUUAGAAGAAAUUGCAACAUCACUUUUUGACUGUGCCAUAUUUAGAAAAUCACUGAGAAAAAUAUCUACGGAUACUAGGAUAUCAAAACUUCGAAAUGAGCAGGAACAUUUGCAGAAGAAGAUAGAGGUACUAGAAGUCAUUAGAGAAAACAUGUGUGCUCCUCAGGAAGCUAUACAGCAUUAAAUCCUCAGUUGGUUCUUGACCUUUCUUUUUAACCUACUGGAUCUUAAAUUGGGGACAUAUAUUGUUUUUUUAAAAUUGUUUCAUUAAAAUACUUUACCUAUACUAUGACUUCUCAAUGCUUUUCCCCUCCACUCCAAGUAGAACCCUCUCUUGUAAGUCUUCCCCAUUAAAUUGUGAACUUGAUGUGAACCUCA